GAAUUGCAUAACUAAUACCAAUUGCACAGUGAAACAACUCCGUACUCACGAACCGUGGCCCAAAUUUACAUUAGUCCUGAGCGGAAAUCUAUCGAAGAAAGGGUUAACUGAUUUUAAAUUGAUAAAUUUUCUGUUGAAAAAUAAUUUAAAAAAUUUUUAAAAAUUAAUGCUUCUGGCGUUAUGUUAUUUUUCUUUGCUUUUUUUUCUCUGAUAAAAAAUUCAUAGAAAAAAAAUUUAUUGAAAUUUUUCAGGCUAAAAUAAUUUUUAAUAAAUUUUCUAGGGGUUUUUGUUUUUUUUCAAUGUUAUGGUCUUCCUAUCGAUCUCAAUUUCCCGGCUUAGGAUUUUUCUACUUCUAGUCCUUAUUUUUUGGCAUAUUGGCCUUUAUUUUUUUAUUUUUGUUCUUCCAAGGUAUGAAGGGAGUGAAGAGAGACAAUUAGAACUUGAAAAGUUCUCUAAAGAUUUACAAGAAGAACUUUCCACUUUUUCUCCUUUUUCUUUACCAUUAAAAUCAUUAGAAAAUGCAAUAAUUUAUACUCCUAAUAAUUUAAUUGUUUGGUCUGAUUUUGAUUAUAAAAGUUAUUUAUCUGGUGGAAAACUUGAAACUGGUGCUGAUCCAUAUGCUUCAAAUAAAUUUAAUCAAGCAAUAUCUGACAGUAUUGAACCAAAUAGAGAAAUAUCUGAUACUAGAGAUGAAAGUUGUAAACAAAAACAAUUUAUUUAUAAUUCAUUAAAACUUCAAAAAACUUCAAUUAUUAUUACUUUCCAUAACGAAGCACGUUCUACACUUUUACGAACUAUUUGGAGUAUUUUUGAACGUUCCCCUCCGAAACUUUUAAGUGAAAUAAUUUUGGUUGAUGAUUUUUCUUUAGAUGAAAAUAUUGGAAAAGGACUUGUAAAUAUUCAAAAAGUUAGAGUUAUUCGGAAUCUCAAACGAGAAGAUAGCCAUUGUGAAUGUAAUGUUGGAUGGCUUCAGCCCUUAUUGCAUAGAAUUGGAGAGGAUAAUAAAGCAGUUGUUGCUCCAGUGAUUGAUGUAAUUUCAAUGGACAAUUUUAAUUAUAUAGCAGCCAGUUCUAAUCUAAAGGGAGGCUUUGGCUGGAAUCUUGUAUUCAAAUGGGACAGACUUGGUAUUAAAGCUGCUUGGCAACGAAGAAAGGAUCCAACAAGUCCGAUUAAGUCUCCAGUUAUGGCGGGUGGAUUAUUUUCAAUUUCAAAAAAUUGGUUUGAAACGUUGGGGACUUAUGAUAUGGAAAUGGAUGUUUGGGGUGGUGAAAAUUUGGAAUUAUCAUUUCGUGUUUGGCAAUGUGGAGGAACACUUGAAAUAAUUCCUUGUAGUCGUGUUGGGCAUGUUUUUCGCAAACAACAUCCUUAUACAUUUCCAGGUGGAAGUGGGAAAGUUUUUCAAAGAAAUACCCGAAGAGCUGCUGAAGUUUGGUUGGAUGAAUUUAAAGAAUUAUAUCUUCAAACUGUUCCAAGUGCUCGACAUGUUGAUUUUGGAAAUAUUUCUGAUCGACUAGCAAUUCGUGAAAAAUUACAUUGUAAAAAUUUUAAAUGGUAUUUGGAUAAUGUUUAUCCAGAAUUACAACCUUUGGAUCUCUUUAAUGGACGGAGUGUACAAAUUUCAAAUGGACUUUUUUGUUUAGAUUCAUUGGGGAGAUCAAAAGUUGGACAAUCUGUCGGACUUUUUAGAUGCCAUCUUGAUGGUGGAAAUCAAGAAUGGUUGUAUGAUGAAAAGUCUUUGCGUUUAAAGCAUUCAUUAUCUGGGCUUUGUGUUGCUUAUGAUCAAAGUAGUCUACUUAUAUUUAAUCAUUGUUCUGAUGAGCAAUUUAACAAUAAAAUAGUCAUUUCUUCUUUGUCUAAAUUAUCGCCUUCUUCAUUAAAUAAUUCUACAUUAUUUCCAAUUCAAAUUAAUGGUAACAGAUGUUUUACUUUAAUCAAUCAACAGUCGGAAAAUAACUACCAAUCUCCAAAUGUAAUCCUUCGUGCUCUCCGUUGCAGAAAUGGUGAUGAACGUCAACUUUGGCGUAUUACUUAUUUUAAAAAUUAA